CAGUUGAGUAAACUACAAGCUGAGCUAAACCUAAACGAAAAUGUGGCGCAUGAAGGUCGCAGCUGUGGAGAAGAAAUGAAAUAUGCGCAGAUGUGCGCUGAUUUCCCCCCGGAUCUAAUAGAAAAACAGUUUCGGACAGCAUGUCAUCAACAAGAGUCACGCUUCGGUUUUUUCUUCUCACCUUCGUCACAGCCACUGUUUCAGGGGUCCUAAAGCUGUCCAUCGCCCCUGACAGAGGCACCACUCUCAGCAUCAGCAGUAGUCAGGUCAAAGGUUGCAAAGUCUGCACCUGGGCAGGACGCCUACGACAAUGUGGUUUAUCCGUUGUGUUAAAAGAAAACACUCCCGUCUCUGUGGAGUUUGAGUGCUCUCGACCUCAAGAUGUGUUCAGCGUAGAAAUUGCGCGAAAUAUAGAAUGUACCACAAAGUUGUGCACUGGCCACAUCAUCCAGGCUGACACCGGCUCUCUUCCUUUGCUGGAUUUUAAUCGCAAGUUCAUCUGGAACCUGAAUGCCUCUGCGCCAAAAGCAGUUAAAAUAGACUUCAGCAACACGGGUCUAAGACAGAUAAAUCCCUCUGACAGCUGUCCAGAUGGACACAGCUACAAUCUCCAGGCCUUCCAGACUUCAGGAAAUGUGGCCGUCGGGAAAUACUGCAGGACGGGGCCUGUUGUCUGUGCUCAGAUUCUGAAUCAAGGUAGCUUUUCUCUGGACGUCCCAGCAGGACAGAAGCUGCAAAAUGGCCAGUUUGACGUGUCUGUUGGGGAGGAAAUCAAAUCCCUCACCAAAAUUACAGUGAUGAUUCCAAAAGGGACCUCGUCCUUAGAGCUGCUCUCGCCAAACUACCCUGAUAGUUUUCCCGAUGACGACGUGAUGCAGUGGUACUUUCAAGUACCGGACAAACACAGAACGGCCCUUCAGUUUUUAAAUGUCACAAAGCCGCGUUGUCUGAAGAAGGAGACAGCGGUGGAGUACCACAGCAAAGGGAGAGGGGCGAUGGUGCUGAGUCUGUCGGACCCCCAGCCAGAACAGAAUCAGGGAGACUUCACCCUGACGCUGAGGAACUGUGAGAUGGACAUAAGAAGUGCUGCUUCUCCUGGACUGUUGCUGAACCUCAGGGUGUCGUCUUCAAGAACAGGAUUAACAGUGUCAUGUAAAGUGGAUCUGAGCAGAAUGGGGGGCCUUUCUCUUCACAUCGAGAAGUUGAGACCGGCCUCUGUCUGCCAGAUGAGAGUAAACUCUGUGCUUAAGGAGAAAAUCACGGUCACAUCGAAGAGUGAGCUCACUUUCCAGGACUGCUUUCCCGAAGACGUACAAGUCACCGCCACGAAAACCAUAGAGUGUAGUGUACUGAAAGACUGCCCAAAGACCCCUGCCCGUCUGUCGGUGCCCUUGCUGCCUCCCUGCCUCCUGGCCCCUCUGAGCAGCGUGACCUGGACCCUUCGUCCUCCUCAGCACGGCACUGUGGAGCUCACCUCUUCCUUUGGGCCCCUAAAGCAGUCCCUACCUGGGCAGCAGUGCAACAACAGCAUCGUCUUUAAAUUGUCAGAAGACCACGGCACUACAAUCGGACACUUCUGCACCCCAGGAGCCAUACAGAAGGUCCAAAUCCACACCAACAUGACCGUCACUGUGUCCGGGAUGGGGGGUAAAUCACUGAGGACUCUUUCAAAGACUGUGCUGAUGGAGGCCUUUUUCAAAGAGGGGAUAUCAGAAAGAUACAUAUUCACAGUGUCUCCAAAGAGAGACACUCCUGUCCUUUUGGCUACUCCUGGCUGGCCAGUAGGAAUGAAGUCUUACUCCACCGUCUCCUGGAUCGUCUCUGUUCCUCCGAGAAUGGAGGCUCACCUGAUGUUCGCCAAACUGAGCCAGCCCAAGUGCAGCAACCGCCACACCAACAUCAGGGUGCAGAGAGUCGGCCGCCUGGAGGAGGAGUACAGCCGCAGGGAGGACGAAAAGGCAGUCAGUGAGAUCACGGUCAACGGGAACUUCUACCUCAACAUGUCUAACUGUAUGCCUGAGAAAGGAGACUUCAGCGUCAUCACCAAGAUCACCCUGCACAAGAGCAAGAACCUGCUGCUGACUAUCAUCCUGAGUGUGGUGGCUGUCCUGCUGGUUAUUUUUGUCAUUGUGCUGGUAGUGGUCUGUGUGGUGAUUAGGAAGAAGAAAAAGAAGCUGGAUCAUGAAAUAUCCAUCUACAAUCCAAACUGCACUAGCUUCCUGCCAGGACCAAACGGCUUCCCAAAAACACGAGAAGACAACGAGUCCCAUGUGUAUGCGUCCAUCGAGGACACGCUGGUCUACACGCACCUCCUGAGAAAGGGAGCAGAGAUGGGCAUCUACGGAGAGUUCGACACACACCCGCCCUUCUCGGGGCAGACAGACUCACAGAAACCAUUGGUCUCUAAAAUAGCUGCAGACGAUGACAUACCGGUUGGGGUUUACGAGAAGUUUCAGGCUCCUCCGCUUCCAAUCCGGCCCCCGAGCCACGUGAAAGCAAUGCAGGACAAUGUGAUUUACCAAACCGAGGACCCAAGUGAAGAGGAAAACUCUCCGAAUCUGGGGCCGCGGCUUGAGCCAGAGGGAGGAAACUGAGGAGGAGAUUGGAUUUUGCUUUUCUCUUGACCUUUGAGAUAUUCAUUCCCUGGCAUCUUUGUGAUUACCUGCCUCUCAAGAAGCCUUUGUUUUUUUUUCUCUCGAGCCUAGUUUUGCACCAAAGCCAGGCACACAAAUUACCCUGCUGAACCCGCCUGCCGCUUGUUACGAUGUUUUAUCUCAGAUGAAGGCAGUAAACAAUCAUCCUCUUUGUACCAGCGAUGCCACUAUGAAAAUAUGAUUCUUUUAGACAAUGAACAUUUUUCAUUUGAGAUAUUUUGUACAAUUCGUGGUUGUUUUUACAUGAGCAAAUGUGUGUGCUGUUUACAUGCUGAAAUGUUCUUUUUAAUAUUGAACCGAGAGAGGACUCUACUGCUAUUAUUGUUACCCUGUAUUUUUAUGGCAUCAUCCCAACAUGAUGGCCCGAUGAUUGCCUGUAUUGCAGAAUAGGUGCAUAGAGUAUCUUUUUACUAUCAAAGCUUUUUACCCUGCUCUUUGCCUUCUGGAUAUAUCAUUACAAUUUAAGUUAAGUCAAUACUCACCUUUAAAUGCAGAUUAGGACUUUACUUUACUAUGUUCACACUAUAUAUGCUUCCGUUAGGCAAUAUUAUAAGGAAUCAUUCUGUAAACUUUCAUUGUUAUGCGGAUGAUAC